AUGGCGACUGAAUAUCCUUUGCUCAAGGUUCCCGACCUCAAGAAGCUUCUACAAGAACGCGGACUCGCUGUCUCGGGCAACAAGGCUGAGCUCAUCUCGAGAUUAGUGGCGGAUGAUAAGAAGUCUAAGAGUAAUGCAGAUGAGAUUGAUUGGGACGAGGAUGACAAGGCAACGUCUUCUGGGCCCGUGCCUCCAUUUGAAGAAAUGGCUCAAAGUGAAAUUACCGUGAUCCAGGUAGAAAAAGUGGAGGAAAUACCUGAAAAGGCCGAUGAUACUUUCGAAGUCCCGAAGCCUGAAGAAACCGUAGAUGCACCGGAAUCUAUCUUACCAGUCUACACGAUAGGUCUUGAAGAUAGUGAUAUGAUCCAGGAAGCAGAAAAACGCGCAGCUCGUGCCAAACGUUUCGGAAUUUCCCAAGAUGAAGAAGCAAUAAAAUUAGCUGAACGUGCAAGGAAAUUUGGAAUCAAAGAUAAUGACGGUAGUAUUCAAGGUUUAGAUAAUGCAUUGCCAGAGCGCAAGCCGAAGCGAGUCCGAGAAGAGAGAGGCUACAGAACAAAUUCGCGCUCGGAGAAGCGUCAGGCAUCUAACAACCGAGCUAAAGUUAACCCAAAAAAUAAGACGGAUUCAAAUAAGUUGGCGCCAGUCGCUUCUGACGAUCCUGUAGAAAAAUCAAAGGCAGAGGCUAGGGCAAAACGAUUUGCUAGACCAGUAGUGUCCUAA